AUGCGCGCUCACUGUGUGCGCGGUGUUGCACUGCGCAGGCUGCAGACGGGCAUGCGAGGGGCGUUUGGAAAGCCGCAGGGCGUGUGUGCGCGCGUGGCCAUCGGGCAGGUGCUUCUGUCGGUGCGCUGCAAGGAGGCCAACGCCGCUGUCGCCGCCGAGGCUCUGCGCCGCGCCCAGUUCAAGUUCCCCGGGCGGCAGAAGGUCAUUGCCAGCCACAAGUGGGGCUUCACGAAGAUCGCUCGCGCUGACUUUGUGGAGUGGAAGCAGGAGAACAGGCUGGUGCACGACCGAGUCAAUGCCAAGGUGGGUUAUGUGCUGCUUCUCGUGCUUCCAUGA